AUGGCCUCAAAAACUUCUAGCAAAGCUUCCUUGAAGCAGCACCAGAAAACAGCUGGUGUUCAAAGAGUGGAGGCCGAUCUUAGGCAUUUAUCUUUGCAGGGAUCAAAACCAAACAAGCCCCAGCUGAUUAAUCAUGAGCAGGUACAACCAUCUGUAGAAAACAUGUCAAAGCAGGUUUGUUUAGAAGCGGUCGAAAAUAAAAAGCUUCCGAAUUCUAAUCAAGAAGGGGCUUCUGAUUCUUUGAGGAAUAAGUUGGAAUCAAAUUCUUCUUUGCCCUGUCUUGAAGAAACAUCAACUGAGGUGGAUUCUAGUGUCAAUGAGACUAGAGGCUCACAGGAUGUUUCUGUUGAUCAAGAGAAGAAAACAUCAGAAUAUGGAAGUGUAAAAAACAGUUCAGUAUCUGCCAAAGUUAGUGAUGGAACCAGCAGCUUAGCUAAGACCAGUGGAAGUGCCAAGAUUAGUGACCGUGUUGAUUGUGCUGAGGGUGGCAAGAGGAGUAUGUGUAGAGGAAGCACCAGCAGCGAUAUUAGUGAUGAAAGCACAUGUAGCAGCUUUAGUAGUAGUAUCAGCAAACCUCACAAAGCAAAUGACUUGAGAUGGGAAGCCAUCCAAGCUGUUAGAGCAAAAGAUGGGGUUUUAGGUCUGAGUCAUUUUAGACUGCUCAAGAGGUUGGGUUGUGGGGAUAUUGGGAGUGUGUACCUGUCUGAGCUGAGUGGAACUAAGUGUUAUUUUGCAAUGAAGGUAAUGGAUAAAGGUUCUCUUGCCAGUCGUAAGAAGCUGCUUCGGGCUCAGACAGAAAGAGAAAUAUUGCAAUCUCUGGACCAUCCUUUCCUUCCGACGCUCUACACCCAUUUUGAGACAGAUAAGUUCUCAUGUCUGGUAAUGGAAUUCUGUCCUGGGGGAGACUUGCACACUCUUAGACAGAGGCAACCAGGGAAACAUUUUCCAGAGCAGGCAGUAAAAUUUUAUGUAGCAGAGGUUCUGCUAGCUUUGGAAUAUUUGCAUAUGCUUGGGAUUAUUUACCGUGAUCUUAAGCCAGAGAAUGUCCUUGUGAGGGAUGAUGGACAUAUAAUGCUCUCCGACUUCGACCUCUCUCUCCGUUGUACUGUCAGCCCAACUCUUGUCAAAACAGCAUCUCUUGAGUCUGAGCCAUUACGAAAGAACCCUGUUUACUGUGUUCAGCCUACUUGUAUUGAGCCUUCCUGCAUCCAGCCAUCCUGUGUAGCUCCUACAACAUGCUUUGGACCCCGCCUCUUUUCUAGCAAGUCCAAGAAGGAUAGAAAACCAAAAAAUGAACUUGGAAAUCAAGUUAGUCCAUUACCUGAGCUCAUGGCAGAGCCAACUGAUGCAAGGUCAAUGUCAUUUGUUGGGACCCAUGAGUAUUUGGCACCUGAGAUCAUCAAGGGUGAAGGUCAUGGAAGUGCUGUUGAUUGGUGGACUUUUGGGAUCUUUCUAUAUGAACUUUUAUUUGGUAAAACUCCCUUUAAGGGUUCUGGAAAUCGAGCCACGUUAUUCAAUGUUGUUGGCCAGGCGCUUCGAUUCCCAGAAUCACCAGUUGUGAGUUUUGCAGCAAGGGAUCUCAUAAGGGGUUUGCUUGUAAAAGAACCGCAGCACAGAUUAGCAUACAAACGAGGUGCAACUGAAAUAAAGCAACAUCCCUUCUUUGAAGGUGUGAAUUGGGCAUUAAUACGCUGUGCCACCCCACCCGAGAUCCCAAAGCCAGUUGAGAUUGAGCGGAUACCUACCCCGGCUUCAACAAGUGAAAAGGCUGCAACAGUUGCAGCUGCUCCUGGUCAAAAAGGUUCUGAUAAUUAUCUGGAGUUUGAUUUCUUUUAG